AUGGCUGCAGAGUGCAAUACAGUAGCAAACUUGACUUGUGAUGAUGGAACGCCUGCACAAGAGCAGGUUUGUACUGCUGAAAUCCCUUGCGGAUGCGGUACUGGACCCUGUGUCAUCAACACUUCUGCUCUUGGACAUCAUGUGGCGAAUUGGAGUUUGCUUCCCGUUCCCCCGUACGGGCAGAACGGCUUCUGGGCAAAGGGACCGUAUUUCGAUCAAGCCUCUGGGUCUGAGACGAGGCUCAACCACAAGGUGAGCGUCACCGCAAUGUGUGAGGAAGGGUACCGGGUUGUCAUGGCGGACUCGAACGCGAGUGUGUCAAGCUGCGACAGUCCAAGGAGCUUCAAUGCAACUUGUGACGACUGCUCGCUGACCAAAGGAGGCACAUGCGCUCCCAUCGUGUGCGACCUUGGCGAGCUCGACAUGUACACGGAGAGCAUCUACCCCGGGCUACCAGCCACCUUCGGGACUACGCUAAACAUCACCUGCAAGGAAGGGUACAGACCGGGGACUACAAACGCGAGUGCACCGAGGUGGUACACAACAGUAUGCAGAUCCGACUGCCAGCUCACUACAAGGAAGAUGUGUAUGAGAGUGAUCUGCCCUAUCUCAUCGAUCCCAACUACGAUCAUACCGAGUGUCAGUCCCUUGCCGGUGCUUUUUCACGAUGACAACAUAUCUUUUAGUUGCAUCACAGGAUAUCAUCUCAAUGGAUCAUCCUGCUGGUCCGGCGAUGCUAUGUCAUACAUCAGGUGCCUUGACGGAGAGGUAAAGUUCCAAGGAUCCUGCUCGUCUUCGGUGUGCGGGUGCUCGUAUGCACCAUGUUACAUUAAUGAGAGCUCCCACUUGUUCGCAAAUGUCAUGACAUGGAACGUGUCUGCUGGGACAGAGCUCUCGAUGGAUGGAGGCAUUCCUCAGGUCUUGCACGGGGGCAGGAUAACUUUGAGCUGCAAGGACGGCUAUCGGCCUAAGCUGACGUCUGCUGUGUAUCCUCCGGAUGUUAACCAGACCAGCGACUUUGAGGCGCAGUGCAUGGAUUGCUCUUUGAUGUCCAACUACACCUGUGAAGCCGUGGCUUGUGAGAGCGUUGCCUCCAGUCCGUGGCUCGAGAGCAUCUCUCUAUCUCACCCUUCGUUUGCUGACGUGAUGACGGUCAAGUGCAAGCAAGGAUCCGCGCUGUCGAUGAAUGGGACGGCAAGCGUUUGCACGCAGGUGAAUGCCUCGUAUCAAGUCAGUUGUGAUGCAUACGGCAAGUUUGAAGCGUUUCAGUGUCUGCCCAUGCUAUGCCCAGACUACGAGAGCUUCAUCACAGAUCCGAACCUGGUGAGGACAAACUUUUCGGAGGUACACGUCAACGGUAGCCUUCAGGUGAAGUGCCGGUAUGGCUUUCGCAUGGGAUCACGCGAUGUACUCGCCUCACCGUACUCAGAGGUCAGGUGUCUCCCAGACUGUACCUUCACAAGCCCCGCUGGGUGUCUGCUCGUGCAGUGCGGUGCUUUGCAAGUUCCUACUAACGCUACGGCUGAGCUGAUUCAAUCUAACUUCUCCGAGCUCAAUGGCACAUCUCGUCAGGAGCCUGUAAGCUUGGCUGAUGGCGGCAUCGUGUCGUUGCAUGGAGACAUCAUCCGAGUUACUUGCAGCCCCGGGUACCACGUACGAUUCAACAACACUUGCUUCACUCAGUAUGACAUCACCUGCACCGAGGGCAACCUUUCGCAAGUCUUCGAGUGUAUUCCAAUUGAGUGUGGUGUACUGGAGCUGGCGGAAGGAGAAGCCUACUGGAACAAGAGCUCUGACAAGCAGGUCAACAUCACAUGCAAACCCGGAUACCGGGCCUCUGGACCCCCGGCAAGCGACUCCUAUCUCUGCAACAAAAGUCGUACCUACGAAGCGAUGUGCGAAGAUUGUUACUGGGAUCGCCGAAACCUGUCUUGUAACAAGGUUCGAUGUCCCCCGUUGACCCUCCAGGAUCCCAACGUUGACGGCGAGCACGCCUACGUGGAGUACUCGGACGUUGUCAAUGCGACAUGCAAAGUCGGCUUCCGCGCCGGCAGCAACCUCCCAAACGCGAGUAAGGAGAUCACAGCACUUUGCAAUGACAUGUGCGCGUAUGACACUUUGGCUUGCCUGCCCGUCGUGUGUGCAUCAACCACGUUUCCGAACCACCUGCCCUCAACGUCUGCAGGUCAUCUUUCGAAUGUCACGCUUAGCUGUGUGGAGGGGUACCGCUUGGGCGACGAGACUUGCUCGACCUCGUAUCAGGUCACUUGCGAAGACGGAGAAUAUCCUGCGACGAAAAUACGACAAUGCGUGCGUGCGGUGUGCAAUGUGUCUGACAUCGGAGAUCCUUACAUCGAGCAUCUGAAUACAACUUACGAUUUCUCGGAAAACGUCACGGUGACAUGUAAAGAAGGGUAUCGAGCGGUGCUGAAGACGCACUCUGAUCUUGUCAACUGCUCUGAGAGCAGGUCGUACGAAGCGAGGUGUGGGCUGUGCGGGUGGGAGGCAGAGGCGCACUGCCAGCGCAUAAGCUGCGCGUGCUCGUAUGCACCAUGUCACAUUAAUGAGAGCUCCCACUUGUUCGCAAAUGUCAUGACAUGGAACGUGUCUGCUGGGACAGAGCUCUCGAUGGAUGGAGGCAUUCCUCAGGUCUUGCACGGGGGCAGGAUAACUUUGAGCUGCAAGGACGGCUAUCGGCCUAAGCUGACGUCUGCUGUGUAUCCUCCGGAUGUUAACCAGACCAGCGACUUUGAGGCGCAGUGCAUGGAUUGCUCUUUGAUGUCCAACUACACCUGUGAAGCCGUGGCUUGUGAGAGCGUUGCCUCCAGUCCGUGGCUCGAGAGCAUCUCUCUAUCUCACCCUUCGUUUGCUGACGUGAUGACGGUCAAGUGCAAGCAAGGAUCCGCGCUGUCGAUGAAUGGGACGGCAAGCGUUUGCACGCAGGUGAAUGCCUCGUAUCAAGUCAGUUGUGAUGCAUACGGCAAGUUUGAAGCGUUUCAGUGUCUGCCCAUGCUAUGCCCAGACUACGAGAGCUUCAUCACAGAUCCGAACCUGGUGAGGACAAACUUUUCGGAGGUACACGUCAACGGUAGCCUUCAGGUGAAGUGCCGGUAUGGCUUUCGCAUGGGAUCACGCGAUGUACUCGCCUCACCGUACUCAGAGGUCAGGUGUCUCCCAGACUGUACCUUCACAAGCCCCGCUGGGUGUCUGCUCGUGCAGUGCGGUGCUUUGCAAGUUCCUACUAACGCUACGGCUGAGCUGAUUCAAUCUAACUUCUCCGAGCUCAAUGGCACAUCUCGUCAGGAGCCUGUAAGCUUGGCUGAUGGCGGCAUCGUGUCGUUGCAUGGAGACAUCAUCCGAGUUACUUGCAGCCCCGGGUACCACGUACGAUUCAACAACACUUGCUUCACUCAGUAUGACAUCACCUGCACCGAGGGCAACCUUUCGCAAGUCUUCGAGUGUAUUCCAAUUGAGUGUGGUGUACUGGAGCUGGCGGAAGGAGAAGCCUACUGGAACAAGAGCUCUGACAAGCAGGUCAACAUCACAUGCAAACCCGGAUACCGGGCCUCUGGACCCCCGGCAAGCGACUCCUAUCUCUGCAACAAAAGUCGUACCUACGAAGCGAUGUGCGAAGAUUGUUACUGGGAUCGCCGAAACCUGUCUUGUAACAAGGUUCGAUGUCCCCCGUUGACCCUCCAGGAUCCCAACGUUGACGGCGAGCACGCCUACGUGGAGUACUCGGACGUUGUCAAUGCGACAUGCAAAGUCGGCUUCCGCGCCGGCAGCAACCUCCCAAACGCGAGUAAGGAGAUCACAGCACUUUGCAAUGACAUGUGCGCGUAUGACACUUUGGCUUGCCUGCCCGUCGUGUGUGCAUCAACCACGUUUCCGAACCACCUGCCCUCAACGUCUGCAGGUCAUCUUUCGAAUGUCACGCUUAGCUGUGUGGAGGGGUACCGCUUGGGCGACGAGACUUGCUCGACCUCGUAUCAGGUCACUUGCGAAGACGGAGAAUAUCCUGCGACGAAAAUACGACAAUGCGUGCGUGCGGUGUGCAAUGUGUCUGACAUCGGAGAUCCUUACAUCGAGCAUCUGAAUACAACUUACGAUUUCUCGGAAAACGUCACGGUGACAUGUAAAGAAGGGUAUCGAGCGGUGCUGAAGACGCACUCUGAUCUUGUCAACUGCUCUGAGAGCAGGUCGUACGAAGCGAGGUGUGGGCUGUGCGGGUGGGAGGCAGAGGCGCACUGCCAGCGCAUAAGCUGCCUUAUUCCUCUGUAUGGCGAUCCAACUGUUAUUGUAGAGAAAUCCUCGCUGAAGUACGGGGAGAAGUUGAAUCUAACUUGUAGGCGUGGAUUGGUACCUGCGAACUUUGCGGAGAUCUUCGCAGCGUAUGGCGCCAGCGCCGAUUGUUUGAAUGCUGGGCAGCGCGCUUUUGAGAUAGGCUGUGAGGCUUCCUGCAACGUGAGCAAUGAGCUGGGAUGUGUCAGCGCUUUCUGCCCUGAUCCACAACUUGGUUGGAUUGUGAACUCGAGCAUUGCAGUCAACCAAUCCAUACAAGUUUCAUGUUCUGGAAACAAACGAUUCGACGGUCAGCCGAUGCUGGAUGCGAUGGGGUUGACUUGUACCGACAGUUGUCAAUACAAGCUCGACGGAGUCACAGGACGUGAAAAGCCUUACAGCUGCGGGAAUGUUAAUUGCACGUCGUUUAGAAGCAGUUUGUCAAAUGCGCACGUUUUAGGAGGUGGGGCUGGUCUGAACGAGACGACAACAGUACAGAUGGAGUGUGACCUCGGAUAUGCUUUCAGAGUUGAGUUACAAGGGACGACCAACGACUCCUGCACAAGAUCGUCAUCCGCAUAUUGUUAUGAUACUCAGAUGCAGACAGCCUGCUCCAGGGAGAUCCCUUGCGGAUGCGGUACUGGACCCUGUGUCAUCAACACUUCUGCUCUUGGACAUCAUGUGGCGAAUUGGAGUUUGCUUCCCGUUCCCCCGUACGGGCAGAACGGCUUCUGGGCAAAGGGACCGUAUUUCGAUCAAGCCUCUGGGUCUGAGACGAGGCUCAACCACAAGGUGAGCGUCACCGCAAUGUGUGAGGAAGGGUACCGGGUUGUCAUGGCGGACUCGAACGCGAGUGUGUCAAGCUGCGACAGUCCAAGGAGCUUCAAUGCAACUUGUGACGACUGCUCGCUGACCAAAGGAGGCACAUGCGCUCCCAUCGUGUGCGACCUUGGCGAGCUCGACAUGUACACGGAGAGCAUCUACCCCGGGCUACCAGCCACCUUCGGGACUACGCUAAACAUCACCUGCAAGGAAGGGUACAGACCGGGGACUACAAACGCGAGUGCACCGAGGUGGUACACAACAGUAUGCAGAUCAGACUGCACGUUUCUUCGACCGGCAUGCGGCACGAACUAUUCAACCUGGGCACGAAUUCGCACAGAAGGAUCUAAAAUAAUUUUGACAUUCCAAUCUGGAAAGACGAACAUGCAAGUUUUGAAUGAGAACGAGUCCAUGUCUGUUGAACUUGAAGUUCCUUCCACGGCAGCCCAUUAUCAUGUACUUAUCGACAUUCGUCUGUCCAUUUGCAGCAUGAGUAUUUGGAUGAAUGACAAGUUGCAGAAAGUCAAAAAAUGUCUAUCUGGUGCAGGAAUUGACAAGUGGGCUGAUGAGUCUGGCCUUGGAUUCUAUGGCAGACAGCCGACAGAUUUCCCUGUCAAUCUAGACCCUGGGACAAGAUCCAGUGAAUCAAUCUUGAAGCCGUUUCUGAGAAUAUAUGAAGCCGACCUGAGAGCAGUGAAAGCAGCUCCAAAUCUUUACGUAAAAUGCAAGUUAUGUGUGGACCAGGAUUUCAAGCUUUUUGUUGAAAAAUCUGUAUCAUACGACAACGGUGUUGAGUGGAAUCAGUCGUCAAAGGUGUGGUGGAAUGUAGGAUCUAUCUCAAUACCGAAUAUCCGAGGAGCAUUGAUUCAGUUUUGGGAAUGCAAGUCUUCUUGUUUCAUGGCAGACAUUUCCAAAUACUUUCCUGACCCUCUUGCAAAUUAUCUUUUACACGGAAACCAAAUUCAGUCGAAGUGUGACUUCAACUAUUGGUUGACAUCAAAUCAGAGUUAUGAACAAAACGUAUCAAUUGCAGGGAACUCAAGGAUUUCGAGUAUAUCAUCCAGCGAGGGGACGGCAUCGUUCUAUCCGAUUCCCACACCAGAUUAUGGAGUCAAUGGAUUUUGGAGUACGCAAACGUUUCUAGACAACGAGACCCUACAACAUCGGGCAAGCAUGGCCGUGGAAUGCAAGUCUGGUUAUCGCAAAGCCGAUCGGUUCGCAAGAUGUUUGAUGCCACAGUGUUUGCCAGUGCAGUGCGAAUCUUUCAUCCCCCCCGACAACGGGACGACCAAACAAUCAGGCAGGCUCACUUUUGGCAAAGGGGUUGCGGUUGACUGCCCUAUUGGGACACGCGCGAUGCCGACGGGUGAAACAUCGACAUACGUUGACACCUGCAGCUACAAUCGGACGUACUAUGCCGUUUGCAAUGAUGCUUGCGGAUAUGAUUCCUACGAGAGUGUAAUGCUCAAAACAAUUCAUUCUCCGCAGUUCGAUGAUCAUCUUGUGAUGCAGUGCCAAAUGAUUUCAUGUCCAGCUUUUCUUGCUGCAGUCCAAGUUACAAACAUUAAUUCAAGAGCUUUUGGUGAAGUAAUUGAAGUACAUUGCUUGACCGGAUACAGAAUGUCAAAUGGUCAGUUGUGGACGAAAGGAUCUAUCAACUUCCAAUGCCCGCGUGAAAGAUUCAAUGGACCAAUCAGAAAUCGAGUUAUCACAUGGACAGUACCAAAGAAUAUUCUCUCAGUUGUGUCAAUGGACAGCAAGUUCAAUUCAAUACAACCUCUGGAUGAUCCAUACGCAGAAAAUUGGACAUCGGUCAGUAAUGAAUUGUUUUCCACAGUAAUUAUCACAUGCAAAGAGGGCUAUCGAGCAUCCACAGGAGUUGGGAUCGUGACGUGCAAUCUGUCGAUGUAA